UCAGAAGUCCAGUCUCUCUCUCUCUCUCUUCCUCUGUUCAUCUUUUGUCUUUCGUGGAGACAAUGGUCAGACGUUGUUCAGAUGAUGAGUUGUGCGUUGUAGUUAAAUACCCAAAGGCCAAAGAAGAACGAGUAAAGAAGAACCAAAGACGAGCUUCGCAUCUCUCUCUCUCGUGACUUCUCCUCGUCUCUGCAAGUUUCAGGGUCUUUCACCAUGGGUUUCCCAGUAGGUUACACAGAGCUCUUCAUUCCAAAGCUACUUGUUCAUACACUUUCCUUCCUUGGAUUCAUCAGAAAACUGAUAUGUUGGCUAUUUCGAUUAAUGGGUCUCGGAGAUUUUCUCGAAUCCGACAUUUCUUGGUCCGAAAAUCCCACCAAUCUUCCUGAAUUACACUCUGUUUCUGCAGUUCUGAUCCGAGAAACCCUACCUGUAGUGAAGUUCGAAGACUUGAUCACCGCCGGAGAUGCCGAAACUCCGGACAGUUGCGCCGUCUGUCUUUAUGAAUUCGAGGGUCGAGAAGAGAUCAGACGUUUAACGAACUGCCGACACAUCUUCCACAGAAGUUGUCUGGAUCGAUGGAUGGAUCAUGAUCAGAAAACUUGUCCACUCUGUAGAACCCCCUUCAUUUCUGAUGAGUUGCAGGAAGCUUUCAACGAACGCCUUUGGGCUGCUUCCGGUAUUCCUGAUUUCUACAGCGAGUACUCUUCGGUUUCGGGCUUUUAGCUUUUCAUUUUGAAAGCUUGAAAUGUAUAUAAAAUGAGGGAAGAAUCCGAGAACUCGGGAAAGAUUUAGUUUUUGUAUACUCUUUCUUCUCAGAAAUUUAGUAAAAUCUAUAAAAAAAAAAAAAAAGUGUUCUUUUUAUUCA